ACCUUCAGAGACGGUUGGGGAAAACCGUUGUGGGGAACUCGACCCGGGACGCACGGCGUGUCCCCGCCCACGGCCCGACCUCGGCGAGCACCGGCGCCGGCGUGGCCAGCGCCCGACUGGUUAUCUGAAGUAGAAGGGGAGCAUUUAAAUCAAACGGUAUUGAGAUGGAUUGGGUUAUGAAACAUAAUGGUCCAAAUGACGCUAGUGAUGGGACGGUACGACUUCGUGGACUACCAUUUGGUUGCAGCAAAGAGGAAAUAGUUCAGUUCUUUCAAGGGUUGGAAAUCGUGCCAAAUGGGAUAACAUUGACGAUGGACUACCAGGGGAGAAGCACAGGGGAGGCCUUCGUGCAGUUUGCUUCAAAGGAGAUAGCAGAAAAUGCUCUGGGGAAACACAAGGAAAGAAUAGGGCACAGGUAUAUUGAGAUCUUCAGGAGCAGCAGGAGUGAAAUCAAAGGAUUUUAUGAUCCACCAAGAAGAUUGCUGGGACAGCGACCCGGACCCUAUGAUAGACCACUAGGAGGAAGAGGGGGUUAUUAUGGAGCUGGGCGUGGAAGUAUGUAUGACAGAAUGCGGCGAGGAGGUGAUGGAUAUGAUGGUGGCUAUGGAGGUUUUGAUGACUAUGGUGGUUAUAAUAAUUACGGCUAUGGAAAUGAGGGCUUUGAUGACAGAAUGAGAGACGGAAGAGGUAUGGGAGGACAUGGCUAUGGCGGAGCUGGUGAUGCAAGUUCAGGUUUUCAUGGUGGUCAUUUUGUACACAUGAGAGGGCUGCCUUUCCGUGCAACUGAAAAUGACAUUGCUAAUUUCUUCUCACCACUAAAUCCAAUACGAGUUCAUAUUGAUAUUGGAGCCGAUGGCAGAGCAACAGGAGAAGCAGAUGUAGAGUUUGUGACACAUGAAGAUGCAGUAGCUGCCAUGUCCAAAGAUAAAAAUAACAUGCAACAUCGAUACAUUGAGCUCUUCUUGAAUUCUACCCCUGGAGGUGGCUCUGGAAUGGGAGGUUCUGGAAUGGGAGGCUAUGGCAGAGAUGGAAUGGAUAACCAAGGAGGAUAUGGAUCUGUUGGAAGAAUGGGAAUGGGGAACAACUACAGUGGAGGGUACGGCACACCUGAUGGCUUGGGCGGUUAUGGUCGUGGUGGUGGAGGCAGUGGAGGUUACUAUGGGCAAGGCGGCAUGAGUGGAGGCGGAUGGCGUGGGAUGUACUGAAAACAAGACCAACACAAAUCCUAACCACAGCAUCUGGUCUACUAGGCUUUCUUACAGAUUUCAUUUCUUUUGUAUUUUAAGAACUUUAUAUGACUGAAGGAAUGUGUUUUCAAAAUAUUAUUUGGUAAAGCAACAGACUGUGAUGGGAAAAAAACUGUUUUCAGUAGGUUUUAUUUGUUGCAUACUUUGACUUAAUAAAUUUUUAUAUUCAAACCACUGGUGUUGGUACUUUUUAUAUAUAGUUGCUCCUACUAAGGAUGUGCUGCCUUCAUGAGAUUUGGGUUGAUGUGUUUUACUGUUAGCAAUACAAAAAGUAGUACAGUGUGAUGUUCAAGGACAAACUUGGCGUAAACUGCAGCUCUUACUAAGCAGGCAUCUGGGAUAGAUUGAGUAGUGUAACUUUUUCUUCUGGACAGCACUGUAAAUAAAAAGCCUAAAGAUGAGUUCAGGUGGCUUUAGGAAUGCUAGUUCUGUAUUUUUCCAAUGUCAUCUAUCAAGCAUAGCUCUGAAUGACCUAAGCAGUAUCUGGAUUUUUAAAUAUUCACAAUUUGUGUUAUAAAUUAUGAACUUUAGGGAGUGGGAAAGUUAGAAGUUGACAUUUAUAGCCCUAGAUUUUCAAGUAAAAUUCCUUCUGCACCU